AUGGAGGAGAACGAGGACAAGGAUGAGCACGAGCAAGAUCUACAAGAAGGACCAGGAAAACUCUACGAGCCGUAUAUCAAGAAUGAAGAUCUCGUUGAUAAGCUGAAAUUGUUGAAUUAUGAGGAAGGAUUCCUGAAGAUGAACUCGGCCUUCAAACCAAUUCAGAGAUAUUAUUUUGUGAAUUCGACAAAUGUCGGUGAGCAAUUUUUCAUGUUCACAUCGCUGGCGGCCUGGUUGAUAAGGAAAGGUGGAAAUGAAUCGUAUGAAAUGCCACAGGAGGUUUUCAAAAGUGAUCAAGGUUAG